AGCUGGUCAUGUGACAAUGUUUGCUGAAUGUUCAGCUUACUAUCGAGUCUACUACACCGGAGUGAACUUCGCUCAGUUCAUUGACUUGUCAAACAAACAUCAGAUUGAAACUGAGUUUCACUAGAGUAGUUUAUAACAGUUUGUGUGGCUGAACUUGGACUGGAGAAAGAAAGUAUGGAGAUAACAUUUAGUGGAAAGCGUGCUUUGGUGACUGGAGCUGGCAAAGGGAUCGGACGGGCCACGGCACUGGCUCUGGCACGCUGUGGGUCAGAGGUCACGGCUGUCACACGCACUAAGGCUGACCUGGAUAGCCUAGUGCAGGAGUGUCCCUCCAUUAAGCCGGUGUGCGUGGACCUGUCGGACUGGGAUGCCACAGACCAGGCGCUGAAAGACAUCGGUCCAGUGGAUCUUCUGGUGAACAAUGCAGCCUGUGCUAAACUUCAGCCCUUCCUAGAAGUCACGCCAGAUCAGUUUGACAUGUCUUUCAAUGUCAACGUGAAAGCUGCACUUCACGUUGCUCAAAUAGUGGCACGAGGAAUGAAGGUCAGAGGAACUGGAGGAUCCAUUGUGAACAUCUCGAGUCAAGCCUCACAAUGUGCCCUGAAAGAUCAUGCCGUAUACUGCGCCACAAAAGGAGCGCUGGACAUGCUGACCAGAGUGAUGGCGCUGGAGUUGGGGCCGUAUCAGAUAAGAGUGAACUCAGUGAACCCGACCGUGGUGAUGACAGAGAUGGGUAAGAUCGGCUGGAGUGACCCAGAAAAGGCCAAGAGCAUGACAUCACGUAUCCCACUGGGUAAAUUUGCAGAAGUGGAGGAUGUGGUCAACUCCAUCCUCUUCCUCCUCAGCGAUAAGAGUGCCAUGACCAAUGGAGUGAUCCUGCCCGUGGAUGGAGGGUUUCUGGCUUGCUAAACAUCAUCAAGCACAGGUGAAUGAGCCUGGAGGGACGCAUUUCACCUGUUACAACUCAUAACAAUUCAUAUUCGCAACGUGUCAUCAUUUCCUCAUUGAUUUGUCUCUUGUUCUUCACACAAAGCUAUCAUGGAAUAUGGAGCAUGAGUUGUUUGGAUUGCUCUUAUAGUGGCAUUUGUAUGGAAACGAGCAGCAUGAACAUUCCGCUAAAUAUCUCCUUUGGUGUCCGAAUUUUGAGUGUGAGUAAUUGAUAACAUAUUCUGUUUUAGGGUGCAACAUACUACACAAGCUUGCAUAAUUAGCAAGACAUUAAACUGAAUUGAACUGUUUAA